AUGGCGCAGCCAAGCGCGCCGCCCGCGCCGGAUGGCCUGGACCGGCACAACUACGACAAGGACUUCUGCACGAGCGCCUUCGAGGCGUUCAACGAGUGCAGGGCUGCGCUGGCGCGCGCACAGGCCGAGGAGCGGGCAAACGGGCCAGAGAGAGACCCCGUGGUCGCCCUGUUCAAGGCCAUUUUUAGGUCGCUCAAGGGCAGCAUUGAUAGCUUCAGCGGCGCUGGCGGCAGCGGCGGCGACGGCAACAACGCCGCCCAGGGCGGCGGUAGCGGCGGCACACAGCAGCAACAGCAGCAGGCGGGAGCAGCCGGGGAGGAGGAGGAGAAGCCAUGGCGGCGGAAGAGGCGCGAGCAGGAGGAGCGGCGGCGGCAGCAGCAGGAGGAGCAGGAACAGGCGCUGGCCAGGCAGCAGCAACAGCAGCAGCAGCAGCAGCAGCAGCAGCAGCAGCAGCAGCAGCAGCAGCAGCAGCAGCAGCAACAGCAACAGGGCGGCUGGUUUGGGUGGCUGCGGCGAGGAGGCGGGUCCUGA